GGCGGCACCAAUGCGGAAGUGGAGAAAGUGAGUCGGAGAAAGGAGAGAAGUACCGGCGGGCCAAGCUUUUCUAGUCUGACAGCAGCCAUUUCGGAACGUAUGUCCCAGCCUUCUUUAGCUACUUAGCGCCUCCGGGCCCAACAGCACCUGCUCCUUGGCGCAGUCUGGAGCCACCGGCUUCAUGGAACUGUACUUCCCAACACGUCACACUAAGACACUUCCGAUUCCCGCUCUUGCGCUUGGACUUUCACAUGCAACAACGAGUCCUCGCUGGACUCCAGCGGGCUUCGGAUGGAGGAGUUACUUCUAUGGGAGGACAGCACAGAAUUAGCAGCAGCCUCUGUCACCAUCCAAAGAUCACAACCCAUGAAACCAUUGAGUUUGUACCUUGUAACAGAAAGCAAAGGAGAAUGAAAAGGCACACAACUAACAUUGCUUGAGGAUCUAGGCGAUUAAUUCUUUAGACUGUCAUCAUGGGUAUCCGAGGACUAAUGAGUUUUGUGGAAGAUCAUAGUAAUGAGUUCUUCACUGGUUUGAAGUUGCGGGACACAAAAAUUGUCAUUGAUGGCUAUGCUCUUUUCCACCGUCUUUGCUUCACUUCGAACUUGGAGCUCCGGUGUGGAGGGGACUAUGAUUCCUUUGCAGAUGUUGUACAAAAAUUCUUUGAAUCACUGUUUGCUUGUAAUAUAUGCCCAUAUGUUAUAUUAGAUGGAGGAUGUGACAUUUCAGAUAAAAAGCUUGCAACUAUAAAGGACAGAGCUAGAGAGAAGAUCCAGAUGGCUCAUUCCCUUUCUGUUGGUGGGAGUGGGUAUGUGUGUCCUUUACUCAUCCGGGAAGUAUUCAUACAGGUUUUGAUCAAGCUGCAGGUACCUUUUGUCCAGUGCUUUUCAGAAGCAGAUCGGGACAUCAUGACACUUGCUAACCAUUGGAAUUGCCCUGUGUUAUCAUCAGAUAGUGACUUCUGCAUUUUUGACUUGAAAACUGGGUUUUGCCCAUUGAACAGCUUUCAGUGGAGAAAUAUGAACACUGUUAAGGGCACACGAAACUAUAUCCCUGCCAAAUGCUUUUCCCUUGAUGCAUUCUGCCAUCACUUCAGCAAUAUGAAUAAAGCUCUUUUACCUCUCUUUGCGGUGCUAUGUGGAAAUGACCAUAUUAAUCUACCUAUCGUGGAGACAUUCUUAAGUAAAGCACAUCUUCCUCUUGGAGCUACCAGUUCUAAAGGGAGGAGACACCACCGAGUCCUGGGACUUCUGAAUUGGUUGUCUCAUUUUGCCAACCCUACCGAAGCACUAGAUAAUGUUCUGAAAUACCUCCCAAAAAAGGAUCGAGAAAAUGUUAAGGAACUUCUCUGCUGUUCCAUGGAAGAAUACCAGCAGUCCCAGGUGAAGCUGCAGGACUUCUUCCAGUAUGGUACUUAUGUCUGUCCAGAUGCCUUGAAUCUUGGUUUACCAGAAUGGGUACUAGUGGCUUUAGCCAGAGGCCAGCUAUCGCCUUUCAUCAGUGAUGCUUUGGUCUUAAAACGGACCAUUCUUCACACACAGGUGGAAAACAUGCAGCAACCAAAUGCCCACAGAUUAUCGCGGCCCAUCAGGCAAAUCAUCUAUGGGCUUCUUUUAAAUGCUUCACCACAUCUGGAAAAGACAUCUGGGAAUGUGUUGCCUUCUCGGCCUCUAGCUUUCAGUGAAGUGGAAAGGAUUAAUAAAAAUAUCAAAACCUCAAUUGUUGAUGCAGUAGAACUGCCCAAAGAUCAUUCUGACUUAAGCAAAUUGACUGAGCUCUCCUUGAGGAGGCGGCAGAUGCUUCUGUUAGAAACUCUGAAGGUGAAACAGGCCAUCCUGGGGCCAAUCCCUGCUUCACUGAAGUUGCCCAUUGCUGUCAGUUGCUACUGGUUGCAGCACACGGAGAGCAAAGCAAAACUACAUCAUCUACAAUCCUUACUGCUGGGAAUGCUAGUGGGGCCCUUAAUUACCAUAAUCAACAGCCCUGGAAACGUGGACCCCGUACCCGGGCAGGCUCAGUGCCUUGCUGCUCGCUAGUUGGUAACAGGUAAGGAAGAGCUGCAGGAGGAAGGUGCUAAGAUGUUGUAUGAAGAGUUCCAGAGAGUGAAGGCGCAGACACGGCUGGGCACAAGACUGGACUUAGACGCAGCUCACGUCUUCUGUCAGUGGCAGUCCUGUCUCCAGA